AUGGCGGACAAUACGGAGCAAGGCACUGUGGUGAAUGAAACUACCCCUGUGACGAAGGUUGCAGAUGAGACUCCUGCGACGGAAACUGCCACUGUGAAGGACGAGUACAUCCUGUCCAGAGGUUAUGGUUCAAACAUAAGAGUGAACAUCCAACAUUAUCUUUGGAAAGAUGGAGGCUACCUCCUGCACCCAAGCAUCCCCACCAAUGCAGAGAAUCUUAGGGUCGCCGAGAUUGGUGUUGGAACUGGCAUCUGGCUUACUGAGCUUUCCCGAAUUCUACCCGCUUCAGCACAAUUAGAUGGCUUCGACGUCAGUCACGAACAAUGCCCCCCAAAAGAAUUUAUGCCUUCAAAUGUUUCCCUGUACAUCCACGACUGUCUUUCGGAGCCUCCCAACCAUCUGCAUGAACAGUACGACAUCAUCCACAUCCAAAUGUUCAACUCUGUUGUCAAGGACAAUGACCCUGAACCGGUCAUUCGUAACAUGAUAAAGAUGCUCAAACCAGGAGGCUACAUUUCAUGGGGCGAAUUUGAUUUUGCAUCCUGGAAAACCAUUAGCAGCACAGGAGGCGAGCCCAGCAGUGACCUCGACAAGCUUCUGUUUUAUAAUGCGACAGUGGGGAAUACAAAGCCAGUGAACUUCCUCGCGACACACUGGCCCCAGCGCCUCCCCCAAAUAUAUGCCGACCAUGGGCUUACCGAAAUUGUCACGGAUCGCAACCCCUUUUCCCCAGAAGUCACAACUUACAUGCUGGAUACAUUUAUGGUGGCGGCUGAAGAAAUCAGUUAUAAUGUGCUAGAUCGUAUUGGUGGUGGACAGGGCGACGUUGCGAGGGGUUUGAUUGAGAAGGUUACACAGAAUAGGAGGAACAUGAGCAUUCAAUUAGAUAGACUAGUUACUGUGGGCAGGAAGAUAGGGGCCUCGGACUCCUAA